UUUAUGUGGAGAGGGAGGAGGAAGGAGCCACGCAAGACCAGCAAACAGAAAAGAACAAAAAAACACUCGAUCAAAAUUUGUUUUAUGCUCUACCAAGCCAUGAAGAGUCCAUAGCGCGUGAGGGGUUUCUUUUUCCUUUUUUAAAUGAAUAUUUUAUUUUUGAAGCGGUAACAGGAUUACGAGGAGGUCGGUUCAGAGACGCUCGCUCGUUCAAGUUGGACGCUCCUGGAGCCCACUUUCUCCUUGGAAAGGAUACGACCGGCGAGCAACUUUGUGCAAGAUGCAGGGACUUUCAGCCACUGACCUCCCUGCCGCCUCCGCCCAGUACCAGUAUGGCUCAGCGGAUUACCUGUGUUCUCCAUCGCUGCUAAAAAGAGGAUCAUGUCACGAGAAGCCCGCCAUCAAGCCGCGGCCACAGCCAUCCAACUCCCCGAGACCGCCAGCUGCACAGAAGCCUCAAGUGCCCCCUAAACCGUCGCACCUGCUCGCUCUCGGGCAAGACAAGAAACCCAAGAGGAUCCCGCCGGCGCCCUGCAGGCCUCUUCCAGCGCCACCGCCGAAACCCAAACCUGGGGUUGUGCCCCCUGCGGUGGGAGCGCAGCCGCAGAGGGAGAUCCAGAAAGUUGGCCUGCUCAUCGAGAGGUUUGAAAAUACAAGGGUCCCCAUCUUGGGGGCGCUUCCCCGCUCCCAGCUACACCUGUGUCUUAGAAUGGACACUGCGUGUGACAUCACUUCCUCCUGUGACCAGGACACCACAGCAAAGAUAGCGGGAGACUCCUCCCCUUUGAACAAACUCGCACCCUGCACCUCUGAAGAAAAUGACGAUGUGCCCGAAUUGUCCUGCCUGGCGUCUAUGCACAUGGACGGCUCCGAUGACACCCCGUUGGAUGUGGAGGUGGACAUAACCCACGGCGAUGGCUGCCUUGACGACAGGGAGCGGGAUGAAGGCUCCUCCCACGAGUUUCUAGACAAUCCAGACUCUUCGGAGCAGAUCAAAAUUCCCAACCGGGACAGCGGCAUCGACAGCCCGUCGUGCGCCGCGGAAGGGGAGGUGUUCCCCAACGAGGACGCCAUUGACGAGGAGGAUCAUUAUGACAGUGUCACGGAAACGGAGAGCGUGUCUUGUUGUGUUACCCUAAGCAACAAACGGGAUUCGACUCAGGAUGAGGACAGUGACUUGGAUGAAGGGAGCAGUGGAGAGAUCAACUCUCUCACAGACACACAAACCGGGUAUCUGACAGAUGCACAAAAAUGCUCAGAAGCGCACAGGUUGCUGAACAUUGCCAAAGAACUUCUCCACACUGAAGAGGCCUACGUCAAGAGGCUCGACCUCCUCGACCAGGUAUUUUGCACUAAGCUCACAGAGGCCGGAAUCCCUCAGGAUGUCAUUACAGGGAUCUUCUCCAACAUCUCCUCCAUCUACUGCUUUCAUGACAAGUUCCUGCUCCCAGAGCUCAAGACACGCAUCACUGGAGAAUGGAAUUCCAACCCUCGUAUUGGGGACAUCCUUCAGAAACUGGCACCUUUCAUGAAGAUGUAUGGCGAGUAUGUGAAAAAUUUUGACCGAGCGAUGGAUCUGGUCAACACCUGGACACAACGGUCUUCGCAGUUUAAGGGCGUCGUCCAAAAUAUACAGAAACAGGACGUUUGCGGCAACUUGACUUUGCAGCAUCACAUGCUCGAACCGGUGCAGAGGAUUCCCCGCUAUGAGCUCUUGCUCAAAGACUACCUGAAGAACCUGCCCGAAGAUGCUCUUGACCGAAAGGAUGCAGAAAAGGCACUGGAGUUAAUAUCUACUGCGGCCAAUCACUCCAACGCGGCAAUCAAGAAAAUGGAGAAGAUGCACAAACUGCUUGAGGUUUAUGAGAGGCUGGGAGGGGAGGAGGACAUUGUGAACCCAGCCAAUGAGCUUAUCAAGGAAGGACAUAUCAAGAAGAUGUCAGCCAAAAAUGGAACAGCACAGGACAGAUACCUCUACUUGUUUAACAACAUGGUACUCUACUGUGUGCCUAAACUCCGACUGAUGGGGCAGAAGUUCAGCGUUAGGGAGAGAAUUGACAUUGCUGGCAUGGAGUUGCAGGAGAACGUGAAGCAGAAUCUUCCUCACACAUUUGCCAUUAUUGGCAAACAACGUUCACUCGAACUUCAAGCCAGGACAGCUGAGGAAAAAGAAGACUGGAUUCAGGUCAUCCAGGCCACGAUUGAUCGACACAAGCAAAACAGCGAGACUUUCAAUAAAGCCUUCAACAGCUCCUUCUCGCGGGAGGAUGACCACGCCCCGGAAUCACCGGGACCCUGGUCCAACACGUCCAUCGACUCGGAUGGGGAAAGACUGCAUGAAAGGAAGAGUUCAAGAAAGAAAGAUAAAGAGAAGCAAACGUGUAAAGGAUGCAACGAGAGUUUCAAUUUCACAAAACGCAAACACCACUGCAAGUCCUGUGGAGGGGCCAUAUGUGCAAAGUGUUCAAAAACCUUGGACAACAAAACAAGUCGAGUGUGCCCGGAGUGUUUUGAGGCCAGCCUAAGUCUGGAAAAUCUCAAUGGUGGUGAACAGAAGAGGAAAGCAGCGCCUGAGAGGCAAGCAUCAUUGACAGGGGAGAACUGCCUCUUGUGUGGCCACCUCCAUGUGCAGGAGAAAGGAAAGAGUUGGACCAAAAUGUGGGCGGCUGUCACAAAGGCUGAGCCACUGGUGUUGUAUCUGCAGAGCAGUGGGCAGGACCUGAAGGGGGCGAGAGCCGUGCCCCUGUCCGGCUUUGAGGUGACGACGCCGUCGCCGUCCUCAGGUGAAAGGUCAGAGGUCAAACAUGUAAUCCGGCUCAGUCACAGUCCGCAAACUGUGCUGUUAAGUGUGCAAGAUGCCGAACUCCAGGCCAAGUGGGUUGACCUCCUCUCAAAAUCAGCUCGCGGCGAAACGGCCAUGAAUGCGUCAACAAAUGUGACUGAUCACAGCAAGAGCCAGUAGUGGACACGCCCUCCUUCCCGUACUCCCCCCCACCCUGCGCCCUGUGUAAAGAGCACAACUUACUUGAAUUUGCUUACCUUGGCACUUUUUGUUUCGUGGAGGGGACCAUGCAGUCCUUCCUGUACACCACUUCGAUCUCAUCCUCACUCACACCUCCUCCUCGCCACAAUGCCACGUCAUAGGCUCGCCGUGUGGCGUCCGCCAGGAUGUUUUGUUCCUCUGCGCAACCUAAGAGGAUCUUCUGAUGGACUCAUGUUUUAUUUUUAUCAUAGCUGAAGAUUCCCACAUGGUUUUAAUGUAUAAGUUCCCUGUACAUUAUCGUAUUAUUGUUGACUGUGUUGAAAAGCAUCACGGCCUUGUAUUUUUUCCAUCAUGUGAAAGUGUGUGUGUGUGUGUGUGUGUGUGUGUGUGUGUGUGUGUGUGUGUG